GUUUUCAGGGACCAUUGACAUUUAUGGAUGUGGCCAUAGAAUUUUCUCUGAAAGAGUGGCAAUGCCGCACUGCACAACAGAAUUUAUAUAGAGAUGUGAUGUUAGAGAACUACAGAAACCUGGUCUUUCUCGGUAUUGCUUUUUCUAAGCCAGACCUGAUCACCUAUCUGGAGCAAGGAAAGGAGCCUUGGAAUAUGAAGAGACAAGAGACUGUAGCCAAACCCCUAGUUACGUGUUCUUAUUUUGCCCAAGACAUUUGGUCAGAGCAGAACAUAAAAAAUUCAUUUCAAAAAGUGAUAUGGAGAAGAUAUAGAAAAUGUGGAGAUGAGAAUUUACCACUAAGGAAAGACUGUAAAAUUGUGGACGAUUGUAAAAUGCACAAAAGAGUUUAUGAGAAACUUAACAAAUGUUUCACAGCUACCCAGAGCAAAACAUUUCUAUGUUAUAAAUAUGUAAAAGUCUUUUAUAAAUUUUCAAAUUCAAAUAGAUAUAAGAUAAGACAUACUAAAAAGAAACCUUUUAAAUGUAACAAAUGUGACAAAUCAUUUUGCAUGGUUUUACAUCUAAUUCAACAUAAAAGCAUUCAUACUAGACUGAAUUCCUACAAAUAUGAAGAAUGUGUCAAAUCCUUUAACUGGUCCUCAUACCUUACUACACAUAAGAUAAUUCAUGCUGGAGAGAAACCAUACAAAUGUGAAGAAUGUGGCAAAACCUUUAACUGGUCCUCACACCUUACUACACAUAAGAGCAUUCAUAUUGGAGAGAAACCCUACAAAUGUGAAGAAUGUGACAAAGCUUUUAACCAGUCCUCACACCUUACUACCCAUAAGAAAAUUCAUACUGGAGAGAAACACUUCAAAUGUGAAGAAUGUGGCAAAGCUUUUAAUUACUCUUCAAACCUUAAUAACCAUAAAAGAAUUCAUACUGGAGAGAAACCCUUCAAAUGUGAAGAAUGUGGCAAAGCUUUCAACCAGCUAUCAACCCUUACUAAACAUAAGAGAAUUCAUACUGGAGAGAAACCCUACAAAUGUGAAGAAUGUGGGAAAGCUUUUAAGCAGUCAUCAACCCUUAUGAAACAUAAGAGAAUUCAUAGUGCAGAGAAACCUUUCAAAUGUGAAGAAUGUGGCAAAGGCUUUUGUGACUCUUCAUCCCUUACUACACACAAGAGGACUCAUACUGGAGAGAAACCCUUCAAAUGUGAAGAAUGUGGCAAAGAAUUUUGUGACUCCUCAUCCCUUACAACACAUAAGAGAAUUCAUAGUGCAGAAAAACCCUACAAAUGUGAAGAAUGUGGCAAAGAUUUUUGCAACUCCUCAUCCCUUACUACACAUAAGAGAAUUCAUAGUGGGGAAAAACCCUACAAAUGUGAAGAAUGUGGCAAAGCUUUCAACCACAAAUCAACCCUUACUAAACAUAAGAUAAUUCAUAGUGGGGAAAAACCUUACAAAUGUGAAGAAUGUGGCAAAGCUUUUAACCACCUAUCAACACUUACUAAACAUAAGAUAAUUCAUAGUAGACAGAAACCCUACAAAUGUGAAGAAUGUGGCAAAGCUUUUAAUUACUCUUCAAACCUUAAUAACCAUAAGAGAAUUCAUACUGGAAAGAAACCCUUCAAAUGUGAAGAAUGUGGCAAAGCUCUCAACCAGCUAUCAACCCUUACUAAACAUAAGAGAAUUCAUACUGGAGAGAAACCCUACAAAUGUGAAGAAUGUGGGAAAGCUUUUAAGCAGUCAUCAUCCCUUACCAAACAUAAGAGAAUUCAUAGUGCAGAGAAACUCUUCAAAUGUGAAGAAUGUGGCAAAGGCUUUUGUGACUCCUCAUCCCUUACUAUACACAAGAGGACUCAUACUGGAGAGAAGCCCUUCAAAUGUGAAGAAUGUGGCAAAGAGUUUUGUGACUCCUCAUCCCUUACUACACAUAAGAGAAUUCAUAGUGCAGAAAAACCCUACAAAUGUGAGAAAUGUGGCAAAGGCUUUUGCAACUCCUCAUCCCUUACUACACAUAAGAGAAUUCAUAAUGGGGAAAAACCCUACAAAUGUGAAGAAUGUGGCAAAGCUUUUAACUACAAAUCAACCCUUACUAAACAUAAGAUAAUUCAUAGUGGGGAAAAACCUUACAAAUGUGAAGAAUGUGGCAAAGCUUUUAACCACCUAUCAACACUUCCUAAACAUAAGAUAAUUCAUAGUGCAGAGAAACCCUUCAAAUGUGAAGAAUGUGGCAAAGCUUUUAAUUUUUCCUCAAACCUUAAUAACCAUAAGAGAAUUCAUACUGGAGAGAAACCCUUCAAAUGUGAAGAAUGUGGCAAAGGUUUCAACCAGCUAUCAACCCUUAGUAAACAUAAGAGAAUUCAUACUGGAGAGAAACCCUACAAAUGUGAAGAAUGUGGGAGAGCUUUUAAGCAGUCAUCAACCCUUACCAAACAUAAGAUAAUUCAUAGUGCAGAGAAACCCUUCAAAUGUGAAGAAUGUGGCAAAGGCUUUUGUGACUCCUCAUCCCUUACAACACAUAAGAGAAUUCAUACUGGAUAAAAAUCCUUCAAAUGUGAAGAAUGUGGAAAAAGCUUUUAACCACCCAUCAACCGUUACUAAACAUAAGAGAAUUCACAGUGGAGAUACACCCAUCGAAUGUAAGGAAUGUGGCAAAGCUUUUAACCAGCCAUCAAACCUUAGUAUACAUAACAGAAUUCAUACUGGAGAGAAGGCUUACAAAUGUGAAGAAUGUGGAAAAUCUUUUAACUAUUUCUCAAACCUUACUAGCCAUAGGAGAAUUCAUACUGGGUAGCAGCCCUACCCAUGGGAAGAAUGGGGCAAAGCCUUUAACUGGUCCUUAAUCCUUAUUACACAUAAGGAAAUUCAUACUGCGGAGAAACCCUACAACUGUGAAAAGUGGGGAAAGGCUUUGGUGUAUUCUCAGCCUUUACUUAACGUAAGAAUUCAUGCUAAAGAGAAACCCUAUACAAAUGUGAAGAAUUUGGCAAAGGCUUUUGUGAAUCCUCAGCCCUUAGUAAACAUAAAAGAAUUCAUAGUGAAGCAUGUAGGAAAGCUUUUUACCAAUCCUCAACCCUUACUAACCAUAAGCAACUUCACACUGAAGAGAAACCUUACACUUGUGAUGAAUGUGGGAAAGCUUUUAACUGGUACUUAAGCCUUACAAAACAUAAGAUAAUGCAUAAUGGAUGGAAACUCUACCAAUGUUAAUGUGGCAAAGCCUUUUGUGUAUUAUUAACCUUUACUAAACAUAAGGUAGUUCAUACUGGAGAGAAUUCCAACAAAUGUGAAAAAUGUCACAAAGAUUUUAACAAGUUCUCAAACUUAUUACACACAAUUCAUAUUGGAGAGAAAUCCUACUAGCACGAAGAAUGUGGCAAAGCCUUUUACGAGUCCUCAAUUCAUAGCAGACAUAAAAUAAUUUAUAUUGAAGAAAAACACUGCAAACCUAAAACGUGGGACAAUGCUUUUAACAACACCUCGAACUUUUUUUUUUUUGAUGGGGUCUCGCUCUGUCACCCAGGCUGAAGUGCAGUAGCAUGACCUCAGCUCACUGCAAGCUCCGCCUUCCAGGUUCACUCCUUUCUCCUGCCUCAGCCUCAUGAGUAGCUGGGACUACAGGAACCCGCCACCACACCCAGCUAAUUUUUUGUAUUUUUUAAUAGAGACGGGGUUUCACUGUGUUAGCCAGGAUGGUCUUGAUCUCCUGACCUCAUAAUCCACCUGCCUUGGCCUCCCAACUUGCUGGGAUUACAGUCAUGAGCCACCAUGCCUGGCCCACCUCAAACUUCUGAAAAUGUAAAUCAUAAUGGUCCCAGACCCCAGAAAUGUGAAGACUGUGUCAAAGACUUUAAAUGGUUGUCACUCUUGAUUGUAGGUUAGAUAAUUCAUACUGUAGAAAACUACGUGUGUGAAGAAUGUGACAAAACUUUUAACUAGUGCUCACAUUUUAUUGCACAAGAAAGCAUUUAUACUUGAGAAAAAAUUGGACAAUUAUAAAGAACUUGGAAA